CGCGAGAGUGCCUAUGUCGAUGGGUACUUGAAUGCAACGCGGAUGUGUGCGGCUCACUGUGCCGUGAAUACUUGCUAGCGUGCAGAGUCAUUUCUUCGACGUCGCUGGGACAAACAAAGAAUAAAGCUUUUUGAAGAUGUCUGAACAUGAUGUUGAUCAUGAACUUUUGGACUACGAAGAAGAAGAGGAGCCCCAAGGAACCCUGGAGAGUACGACCCCGGCAAACAAAAAGGCCGUGAAGGGGUCGUACGUAUCCAUCCACAGCUCCGGGUUCCGAGAUUUCCUUCUCAAGCCUGAGCUCCUCCGUGCCAUCAUUGACUGUGGUUUUGAGCAUCCAUCUGAAGUCCAGCACGAGUGCAUCCCUCAAGCCAUCCUGGGCAUGGACAUUCUCUGUCAAGCCAAGUCUGGCAUGGGAAAGACAGCUGUGUUUGUGCUUGCCACCCUGCAGCAGAUCGAACCUGUGGACGGUCAAGUGUCCGUCCUGGUCAUGUGCCACACCCGAGAGCUGGCUUUCCAGAUCAGCAAAGAGUACGAGCGCUUCUCCAAGUACAUGUCCAACGUCAAAGUGUCUGUCUUCUUUGGCGGCAUGGCCAUCAAGAAGGACGAGGAUGUUCUGCGGCAGAGAUGCCCGCACAUCGUGGUGGGCACACCCGGGCGCACCCUGGCCCUCAUCCGCAACAAGACCCUCAGCGUGAAGAACAUCAAGCACUUUGUGCUCGACGAGUGCGACAAGUUGCUGGAGCAGCUUGACAUGAGACAUGACAUCCAGGAGAUCUUCCGGCUGACGCCCCACGAGAAGCAAGUCAUGAUGUUCAGCGCUACGCUCAGCAAGGAGAUCCGCCCGGUUUGCCGCAAGUUCAUGCAGGAUCCAAUGGAGGUGUUUGUGGACGACGAGACCAAGCUGACCCUUCACGGCCUGCAGCAGUACUACUGCAAGCUGAAAGACAGCGAGAAGAACCGAAAGCUCUUUGACCUGCUGGACGUGCUCGAGUUCAACCAGGUGGUGAUAUUUGUGAAGUCGGUGCAUCGGUGCGUGGCCCUGUCCCAGCUGCUGGUGGAACAGAACUUCCCAGCCAUCGCCAUUCAUGGCGGCAUGGGUCAGGAACAGAGGUUAUCCCGAUACCAGCAGUUUAAAGACUUUCAGCGGCGGAUCCUGGUGGCCACCAACCUGUUCGGCCGAGGCAUGGAUAUCGAGCGAGUCAACAUCGUCUUCAACUACGACAUGCCAGAGGAUUCUGACUCGUACCUGCACAGAGUGGCCCGCGCCGGCAGGUUCGGUACCAAAGGCCUGGCCAUCAGUUUUGUCUCCGACGAGACUGACGCCAAGACCCUGAACGAGGUCCAAGAUCGCUUUGAGGUCAAUGUGGCCGAGUUGCCAGAGGAGAUUGAUAUCUCCACUUACAUUGAACAGUCCAGAUGAAUCUGAAGUUUCCAGUGAUGUCCCUCAAGUGUUUUUUUUUUUGGGUUAAGGAAAACAAGAAGCAGUGUCUCACUGCCACUACAUGUUGGCAAGUUUAUUUUUUUUAAUUUUAACAUGUUGUUGCUUGUUUUAGUGUUUUUCUUUUUAAGCCAUGUUGCUUGGUUGAGGAAAUAAACAUUUUAUACCUUA